GAGGCAGAGACUAGAGAGGAGAGAAAAAAAAAGCGCCUCAUUCCUUCUUCCACCGCCAUACUGUAUUUUAUAGUAACUCUCAUUUUUAUUCCUCCCUUUUACUCCCGCUCGUGGAAGGUUUUCCUGGAGAAUGAAGUGCGGUUUGGUUUCCUUGUCAACGGAAGAUGAAGUGAACAACUGAACAUCUCCCCAGUGCAGAUUUAAAGCCAAGUGAUCCAACCAUGACUGGCAAAACACAGACCAGCAAUGUCACCAAUAAGAACGACCCAAAGUCCAUCAACUCCAGAGUCUUCAUCGGUAAUCUGAACACAGCUAUUGUCAAAAAAGGUGACAUCGAAGCAAUCUUUGCGAAGUACGGGAAGAUCGUGGGCUGCUCGGUGCACAAAGGCUAUGCCUUCGUACAGUACAUGAGCGAGAGGCACGCGAGGGCCGCGGUGGCAGGAGAGAAUGCCAGGAUCAUUGCAGGGCAGCCAUUAGAUAUCAACAUGGCAGGAGAACCAAAACCAUACAGACCAAAACCUGGCAACAAGCGGCCACUUUCAGCACUUUACAGACUUGAAUCAAAGGAGCCUUUUCUGUCCGUUGGUGGUUAUGUCUUUGAUUAUGAUUACUACAGAGAUGAUUUCUACAAUCGGUUGUUUGAUUACCAUGGCCGUGUCCCCCCACCGCCCCGUGCAGUGAUUCCACUCAAACGUCCUCGUGUGGCUGUGACAACAACUCGUAGAGGCAAAGGGGUUUUCUCCAUGAAGGGAGCAUCACGGUCCACUUCAAGUGGGACUUCUUCCUCAGGAUCCAAAUCACCCACCCGUCUUCCCCUGCCCCUUAUGUGGAGUGAUACUGUCCUUGGAAGCAUCACUGGAAGAGGAAGAGAAAGAUCAGUGAAAUCAGAUGAGUUGCAAACAAUCAAGAAAGAAUUAACUCAAAUCAAAACAAAAAUUGACUCCUUGCUAGGGAGACUGGAAAAAAUUGAAAAGCAGCAAAAAGCUGAAGCAGAAGCCCAAAAGAAACAAAUGGAAGAUAAUGCUGAUUUGAUUCAAGAGGAAUGCAUAUCAGAGAAUGCAGAUAACUCUACGGAAGAGCCAAUUGAAGGAGGGCCAGAUGCAGAUGGGGAUGGAGAAGAUAUGACUGAUGGGAUAGAGGAGGAUUUUGAUGAGGAUGGCAGCAAUGAGCUGUUUCUACAGAUCAAGUGAUGAAAUGUCAUGUGUGAACCCUCUGAAGGCUGAGAAGAGAAACUCUGACUUCCCCACAGAAAAUUGUGAACUGCAGUUUCUUACUGGCUGACAACACCUUUGACUCAAUUUGUAUGAAACUCAAUUUACUUAUUAAAAUGGACAUUAUUGUUCAAAUAUUAGAAACUCCAUUUCUUAUAUGUUCUAAGCUGUACAAUUGUCAGAUUUUUAUGGUUUAGAUUGUAAAUGUGUUUUUCUCUGGCUAAUUAUUGGUAUUAUUUUUUUAAUUUUGAUGUCUUAAAGGCCAAUGUACUGUAUCAUAAUAAUAUGAAGGACGUAUUUAACAGGUGUGGAAAACACUGUAUACAAAUGUAUAUUUCUAAAAGCUAUUUUUAUGAUUAGCACAUUUUACUGUUUUACCAUAUUUAGAGUCAGGUGAUAUUGCACUUCUUUGUUUACUGCUUAGUUCAAACAAGACCAUUUUGAUCAGUGCACAAUUAAAUACAUCGUAUGGUAUUUCCCAUUAUUUUAUUCAAUUAUUUGUCAUUGGAAAUAAUUACAUUUGGUAUUAGAAUAGCUUCAAAAAAGUGAAAAUGUCAAAAUAAGAGAGCAAUCCUUGAUAAAUUGUAAAUUGCAUCCUCCUGUAAAUCCCCUUCUUCAGAUAAGCCCUCUCUGUGAUGCCAUUCAUCAGACAGUUGUUACAGCUGUUCUUGCAAAUCUUUAAAGGCAGUUUGUUGCUACCAUAUGGAAAGUCAGUCAGCCUCCCAUCUAGCCAGAAAAAUUACUUACAGCCUGCCAAUAUCUGAAAGCCUGAGUUAGCCUACUUAUUACUUUUUGGUUUCUUUUCUGGCAGUAGUCUUUCCACACACAAACUGCUAAGGCACUCCUGAAAGACUGAAGUUGGAAUAAUUAAUUAUUACAGAUGUAGGGGGAAUCUCAGUAUAGAAUUUCUUAAUAAAUCAUAUUUCCUUUCAAACA